AGAGAGAAGGAGAGAGUCAUAGAGUGACACGGAGAGAGAGAGAGGAGCGGGAAGCACCGGAGAAGAACCUCCCUCAUUAAAACAUCGGUGUUGCGGUGAUUUUUGCUCUCCACAGCCAGGUUUGUGCGAACCAGCACCGGGCGGAAGAGAAGGUUCCUGUCCCAGGAGCCAGCGCCGGGGAGCGGGAGCAGGAUCGUGACUGACGGAGGCUCCAGUGUCUGUCUCGUCAUGGCAGGACCUGGAGGUGACAUGCAGUGGUGCUUCUCUCAGGUGAAAGGAGCCAUCGAUGAUGACGUAGCUGAAGCGGACAUCAUAUCCACAGUUGAGUUUAACCACACGGGGGAGCUGCUGGCCACGGGAGACAAGGGUGGGCGCGUCGUCAUCUUUCAGCAGGAAAUAGAGAAUAAGAGUCAGCCUCAGUUCCGGAGCGAAUACAAUGUUUACAGCACUUUCCAGAGCCAUGAGCCAGAGUUCGACUACUUGAAGAGUUUGGAAAUUGAAGAGAAGAUCAACAAGAUCCGCUGGCUCCCUCAGAAGAACGCCGCUCAGUUCCUGUUGUCAACUAAUGAUAAGACAAUUAAGUUAUGGAAAAUCAGUGAACGAGACAAGAGACCAGAGGGUUAUAAUCUCAAAGAGGAGGAUGGACGCUACAAAGAUCCAAACACUAUUACGUCACUGCGGGUACCGGUUUUAAUACCCAUGGACCUCAUGGUGGAGGCCAGUCCACGGAGGGUGUUUGCCAAUGCCCACACCUACCAUAUCAACUCUAUCUCAGUCAACAGCGACGAGGAGACCUACCUGUCUGCGGACGACCUCCGCAUCAACCUCUGGAACCUCGAGAUCACUGACCGCAGCUUCAAUAUUGUUGACAUUAAACCAGCCAACAUGGAGGAGCUGACAGAGGUGAUCACGGCGGCCGAGUUCCAUCCUCAUCAGUGUAACACCUUCGUCUACAGCAGCAGCAAAGGAACCAUUCGCCUGUGUGACAUGAGGGCUUCAGCACUUUGUGACAAGCACUCAAAACUGUUCGAGGAGCCAGAGGAUCCCAGCAAUCGCUCCUUCUUCUCCGAGAUCAUAUCCUCGAUCUCGGACGUCAAGUUUAGCCACAACGGACGCUACAUGAUGACCAGAGACUACUUGUCUGUGAAGAUCUGGGACCUGAACAUGGAGAACAGGCCAGUGGAGACCCAUCAGGUUCACGAGUACCUGAGGAGCAAGUUAUGCUCACUCUACGAGAACGACUGCAUCUUUGACAAGUUUGAAUGCUGCUGGAAUGGAAAUGACAGUGUGGUGAUGACCGGCUCAUACAACAACUUCUUCCGGAUGUUCGACCGCGGCCAGAGGCGGGACGUGACCCUGGAGGCGUCCCGGGAAAACAGCAAGCCCAUGCAGGUCCUCAAGCCCCGCAAGGUGUGCGCAGGCGGCAAGCGCAAGAAGGAUGAAAUCAGCGUGGACAGUUUGGACUUCAACAAGAAGAUCCUCCACACGGCCUGGCACCCGCAGGACAACAUCAUCGCAGUGGCCACGACCAACAACCUCUACAUAUUCCAGGAUAAAGUGAACUAACCACAGGGUGAAGGUCUGGCGUGGAUGAUGUCACGUGUACCACCUGCAGCCUCAUCCCGAGUGAUCUGCGGUAACGCCGAUAACCAGCACCCCUGUCCGUUGCUACUGGGUGACCCAGACUGCCACUUUGUUCUAGAUGUGGACAGAGGAAGCCUCGCUCUCGCCCAUCAUCGGCCUCUUCGUGGCAGAGUGACACCUGCCUUGUCGUUUAAGUGAUGUUGUGCCAAUUUCUUUCCUUUUUGGUAUGUUUUUUUUUUUUUUUUUUUUUUGCGAGCCCACCUGCCCUUUUUCUUCCCCUGGGGUAUCAUGGGUAAACCAGUUUAAUUUACUUUAAAAUUCUGAAUACAGACACACUUAUUUUUAUAA